CGAUAACUUCCGCACCUUUGCCGUGGCAGUAUAUAUGAGCUAAAGUCUGCUGGAUUUGAGAGCUACUUUAAACGGAGGCCAUGAGUUUAAAACUCACACAAGGGGCAGUUGAAGCCCUGUUCAAAGGUGAAGAGGUGAACAAUCCUGUGCUGCAGGUGCUGAACAUGCGUCAGAUCAUAAAUGGCGAUGCACCUCCCAGGUACCGGCUCAUGAUGAGUGAUGGUCGGCACUCUCUGUCUUCCUUCCUGCUGGCCACACAGUUAAACAAUCUCCCAGAAGAGAACCUCCUGGUACCUAACUGUCUGUGCAUGAUAAAGAAAACCAUCACCAACACGCUGUCAGAUGGCAGGCAUGUGGUGAUUGUGUUGGACAUGGAGAUAUUGCAGUCAGCCGAGGAAACUGGAGGAAAGAUUGGAAAUCCCACUCCAUAUAAUACAGAUGGUAAGAUGUCAUCGUCACAGAAAAUGGACUUGGGUACCUCUGUCCCGGCGCCCCCUCCGUCUGCGGCAGUACCUGGACCCUCCUAUGCAAACACCAGCACCUUCUCUCCUCCCCAAGGCCGAGGAAGAGGUUUUGUAGGAAAGUCGCCCAUGAAGGCUUCACCAAUGAACGUUUCACCCAUGAAGGCUUCACCAAUGACUGUUUCACCCAUGAAAGCGUCGCCCACAAAGUUUUCACCCAUGAAGGCUUCACCAAUGAAUGUUUCACCCAUGAAAGCUUCACCCAUGAAAGGCACACCCACAAAGUUUUCACCCAUGAAGGCUAGUACCAGCACUCCUCCAGGCCCUUCAACAAAAGUGACUCCUAUUGCAAACCUCAACCCCUACAUAAGCAAGUGGACUAUCAAAGCCCGAGUCACCAACAAGUCCAAUAUCCGCAACUGGAGUAACUCUAGAGGAGAGGGCAAGCUCUUCUCUUUUGAGAUAGUGGAUGAGAGUGGAGAAAUCAGGAUCACAGCCUUCAACAACGAAGUGGACAAGUUUUUCUCUCUAGUGGAGCAAGGCAAGGUGUACUACAUCACUAAGGGUACACUGAAGGCGGCCAACAAACAGUACACCACACUGAAGAACGACUACGAGAUGACCCUACACGCUCAGUCAUCCAUCGUGCCAUGUGAUGACACUCAGGGUGUCCCCACGGUGCACUGUGACUUUGUGCCCAUUGCAGAGCUGGAGAACAGAGACAAGGAUGCCAUCCUUGAUGUGAUUGGAGUGUGUAAGAGUGCAGAGGAUGUAUCCCGUAUUACCACUAAGACCAGCAGAGAAGUCUCCAAGAGGGCCCUCGACUUAAUAGACACAACUGGCAAAGUGGUGACAGUCACACUGUGGGGAGAGGAGGCGGAGAAAUUUGACGGCUCUGGGCAGCCUGUGGUGGCCAUCAAAGGAGCUCGCUUGUCUGAUUUCGGGGGCAUCUCUCUCUCUGCGUUGUUCAGUUCAACAGUCAUGGUCAACCCAGACUUACCAGAGGCUUUCAGUCUGCGGGCCUGGUACGACCAGGGAGGUUUUGCGCUUGCCAGCCAAUCCCUGACAGAGACGAGGUCGGUGGGCAGCGGAGCAAAGACAAAUUGGAAAACACUGAGCGACAUUAAGAAUGAAAACAUGGGAAAUGGAGAGAAGGCGGAUUAUUUCAGCUGCAUAGCGACAGUGCUGUACACUCGUAAGGAGAAUUGUCUAUACCAGGCCUGUCCAACUGCAGACUGCUACAAGAAGGUCAUCGACCAACAGAAUGGACUGUACCGCUGCGAGAAGUGUGACCGAGAGUUCCCCAACUUCAAAUACAGACUCCUGCUUUCUGCCAACUUGGCAGACUUCGGGGAUAACCAGUGGGUGACAUGCUUCCAGGAGACAGCUGAGGUCCUGUUAGGUCACAAUGCAGACACACUGGGACUGCUCAGAGAAACAGACGAGGCUGCAUUCGAUGAAGUCUUUCAGAAAACCAACUUCACAACUCACAUCUUUCGAAACAGGGUCAAGCUGGAGACGUACAACGAUGAGAGUCGAGUGAAGGUAACCGUAAUGGAAGUCCAGCCAGUCGACCACCGGGAAUACAGCAGGAGACUCCUCAGUAACAUCCGCAAAUUGGCCGGCUGAACUUUGUCCCAGUCAUUCAAACAGCUGCCUGCCGAUUUAACGCGUCUUCCACUGGUCUCUGACUGGUGUCCGACUUUUUCCCCCAGCGAGAUAACAGCAUAUCUGACUGAGGCAGCAGAGGGCCGGCAAGUGAGUCAUCUCAUUAAAUGGCAGCCAAACAAAGACUGAUAUUUAGUUGUUCACUUCCUUCAACAGGCCGUUUGUGAGACAGCGGAAAUGUGAUGGAAGUGACUUUUACCUUUUAAUUUAAUGACAUUUUAGCAAAGCGUUUUUACUGCUUGAUUACACAUAACACUAUUUCAGACUCGCUAAUUGUGUUUCACGUAUGAUACAUGCGAAGAUCACAGCAUUUUCUCUUUUUUUAUACAAAUGAUUCAUCUCUUCAGUUUCAAAUCUGUGGUGGUGAUGUUCAGUGUUAGUUGAGUAAGACAGAUGAGUCAGAUUUUAUAUAAUUUUCAUUGUUUCGUUUUAAAGAUGAAGGCAUGGUAAAUGUGUGUGGGAGAUUCACGUGUUGGCAUUUGUUUUAACUCUUUUACUGACAGUGUCUACUGCUUGUUAAGAUUAUUCUGAAGUGUUUGUUUUGCUUCUGAGCUUCAAAAAAUGUCAAAAAGGAAAGAUUGAUUAAAAGGAUGUCAAGAUAAAAA